AUAUUUAUUUUACCUGAAAUUUUUGAUAAACAAACUUUAGUUAUGUAGUUAUUAUGGGUUGCCCUGUUAGCGUCGAAGCGUGCUGUAGAGACUUUUGUACCACGCACGGCGAUUACGCUGUACGAGCAAAACAUGGCCGCAAGGUGGCGCAAGCUGAAGUGGAUUACGUUCGAAGAGUGAGUCGCGUCAGCGUUAAUCAAACGGCUUCUACAGUAAGUCAACGACGGGCAAGCGUCAAUAGUUCGAAUUCGGGCGGGGAACAGGAAAGUUAUAUAAUAAGAGAACCAUUUGGUAACCAACUAACACUGCCUGGAAUCGCUGGGGGAAGAGACCACAGAAGAGUUAGCAUCGCAAGUAACGACUUUUAUGAGACAAUUAUCUACGAUACGGACAAGCCACCCGACACGGUGAAACAAAUGGAUAGUGAACCAGGGAAAUCCCCUGAUAAAGGAAUCCUAAAAACUUCUCAUUGAAAUCUUAUAACUUGACAAAGCUAUGCAAGAAUGUAUCGAGUGUCUUUGUACACAACACCAUUAUAAUAAGAAUAAACGUCACUUGCUAAUAUG